ACUUGCCGUUCCCCUAUUAAUCGUUGACCAUGUUGAUGAGCGACAGGUGGCGAAGUGGUUGGUAGUUGCACUUAAUGUUGCCCUUAAUUUCCCUUUCUGUCAUUCUCCUCUUUCCUUAAUGAGUCUUUCAGUUUUCCCUUUCUUCCUUUUCCACAAAAUCGCCGAACUUUUCCCUUUCUUCUCUGCAUCCCCGAUUUUCAUCAUCUUUUUCCACAAAACUUCUGGGUUUCUUAACAAAGCGACCGGAUUCUUUCCGAGAAAGUUAAUCUAGUGCGCGAGUCCGACAAAAUCCCUCGUCUAAUCGUGGUAAUGAUAGAUCCUUGUUUCUCUGCUUCUCUUUUUUUUUUUUUAUGGUUGCAUGCUGUGGAUUUCUUAUGCCUCCAUUAAUCUAAAUCUUUGUCUUAUCUCUUCCUUUCUUUCUAUGGAAAGUCUUAGGAGAUGGUUGAUCCUUAUUCGACCGAUGAUGUGCAGCUGUACCACGACCCAUGGUACACUUUUCAUGAUGGCUUUCUAGAAUUCAACACUUGGUCGACGAAGAGGGCGCUCGAGAAGCAAAAGGAUCUGGUUUUACUUGAGGUUUUCAAAGGAAGUGACAUCAAUGAAGCAUGGUUUCCUUUGCUGCGUGACGUAAUGCGAGCAAGGCUUGAAAGACGAGACUUGCUACCAGUUCCAAUUCACUUUGCCUUUCCGUCUAGCAAGAUGGAAGAUUGGUCAGGUUGGGUUAAGGAGAUGCUUGUUGAGAAUGGCUUUGUGGAGAUAUUACAUGCUGUCAGGAUUCUCAAGUCGGUUACUAUGACUCUGGAGGAUGUGGCAAAUCUGAUGUUGCUGCCUAUUGUUGGAGAAGAAGACCCACGGCACAUAAUGUUAACUCUGGAGGAGCCUGCCACGCUAGUGGCCUUGAAAAAGGUGAUGAGGAGGAACACUAGUGCCUCUUCUCGCUCAUGGAGGGGAGAAUACAGCAUUGAUUUUCCAACUUGGAUGUGGUAUUUUCCGACGAGUGAAGGUAAAGAUAGCCUGUAUGUAUGUGCAGCUUUCCUUACGGCUUGGUUGAGUAAGUUUGUCUUUGGGGGCUUCCCAAACCACGUGAUUAUGGCUGAGUGCAUUCCUUUAGAAAUUCAAUUGGUUGAAGGUGUGAAGCUCCCUUUAGCCCUGUUGAUGCUAGGUACGCUCUAUCACAUGCUUGAUUUGCUCCACUUUGAUGAGAUUCUCGGUGCGAGCUAUUACAUCAUUGAGUCACAUGUAUGUUUGUCUUUGUUGCAAAUGUUCGCAUGGGAGAGGUUUCGCCUUUAUCAUUCUGGCUGUGUUACCAGUGGGAAGGCUUUAAAGGAAUAUCCCAUGGCGAAGUGUGAAGUUGAUGGCCUUCUAGACGACUAUGGCGGCUUUAAUUUCCAUGCGUACAAGACAAUGCCUAGAACAUUUGCUCCACCCAAGGUGAGCCUCUUUGACAAGGCACUUCCAGCGAUACCUGAGAGUCAGAUUGUGGAGUUCACCAUAGGGAACUCAAGUCAUCUGGAAAUGCUGGCGAUGAUCACACCGUCCAUGCUGCCAUGCAUUACAUUGCGGGGAACAUGGAGUCUAGAGUGCUACUGCCCAGAGAAAGUUGCGACCCCGUUUGGUUAUGAUCAAGAUGUACUGAUGAGAACCCCAAAGAGAACAAUGAGACCCACAGCACGACAAGGGAUUUUUAAACUCAGGAAAGCUAAAUCAGGCCAUUUAAAAGCUUCUCGCAUCUUCUUAGCUCUAGCUCUCUUGACUGGACCUCCUGGAAUAUAUGUAAUGGCUCUCUUGACGUGGUACAUGUGGGGUCAUCUUGAUUCCCAUCAUGUACCUUCUACUCCUUCUUCGAACAAGACAAACUGGAAUAGGGCCAUGCAGCCUUACAUUGAUGAAGUUGCCACGACCAUGGUACCCAUCUGUCCUCCCAUUCCUGGCAUGGCAAAGGAGGAGUAUGACCAGGCUGGUGCCAUUGAUGAAGAAUUUGGGCAAAAGGCAGCUGGCGACGUUGAUGCUGAAGGAGCCGAUGAAGCUGUCCCUUCCAAGAGAUUGGUUUUGGGUAAGAGGAAGAGUGUUGCCCAUUUGCCUAAGAGUAGAGCACGUAGAACUUCCGCUUCACUAGCUAGCAAGCCAAGUAAGGCUAAAGUGCCCACACUUUCCAAGGCCAAAACUGCCAAGGAAAAAGAUACAAGUCGUGGUAAUGAAAGUAAUGAGAGUUCCUGGGGUGAUCCAGAUCCCGAGGUGAUUGAGCAGAUCAAGAGAUUGAGACCUGUUUGUGGUGGUAGGCGCUUGGGUGAGAAGUAUUAUGAUUCAAGUGCUUUGUUCCAAGUAAGCAUGUUCGAAGGCUUUGGUCUAAUCCCCAUUCCUGGUGACGAUAAAGUUCUGUCCAAAGCUAAAGAGGCCAAACAGGUGGAAGCCUUGGCGAACUCUGAAGUUUGCCAGAAAAUUUUGGCCAAUCAAAUAGGUGGGUCUCCACUUCCCGACAACAUAUUUAAUGUUGUUGACUCUAUCAUUGAUUGGAGUGACCCUACAUCCUUCAUAGCUGAGUCAACAAAGAAGGCUAAAGCAAACGAUGUUCUACCACAAAAGCGUACUAUGACUAAGGGAGGUGUGAAAGUCUCAUAUGGUACCCCCAGUGUGAUAAAGAAGCCUAAACGACAAAGACUCAGCCGGAAGGCUGGUGACUUAGAAUUGGUUCCUGGGGGAUUUAUACCAACGAGGAAAAUUGGUGCUAGCAUCGAUGAAAAGGAUGUUGAGAACGGCGAGGCCAAGGCCACAAUCGGUACUAGUAAAGAAAAGGGAAAGAAGGUCACCAAGGUAAUCAGCUCUUAUCCCAACGAGAGUAGCAGCCAUCAAUCCAGUAGCAAUGAUGCCUCAUUUGAGAGUGAGAAUGGUUCCAAACAGAGGGGCAAAGUUGCGGGCUUUCAAGGCAGCAUUGACAUGAAUAGGGCUGCUCCCAAAGAAUUCAAAUCAUAUGUGGGCGAUGUUGUGAGGAAAUCUGUCUCCAGCAAAGGCAAAAUGGACAUUGGCAUGCCAGUCAUGAUCUCAAUGAAGAAAGUUGCCGGACCUAGCAAAGUUAAGCAUAAUGGUCAACUGUUCGCGACUCCAGCUAAGUCAGGUAAGAUCGACGAUUCGGCCAUGAGGCUACUCAAGAAUUUUGACGAGAUGAAUGAGGACAGGGAUGUCUCACUGGCCCGGUUUGGCUUAGUGCCUCUAAGUGGCUCUCGAGCAGUGGGUAGGUUUGCAGUGCCUGCAAUUUUGGAACCGUGGGCACGCCACCUGCUAAACAUUUUUCCAAAUCUCACAACGCGCAACAAGGCCAAAAAGGAUUUCUACUAUUUGUUUACGGAUGCCUUUGAUGACGCUGAGAGUAUAAACCUCAAAGUUGAUGCCCUUCGCACACAUUUAUCAAACUUGGCAAAGGCAUACCUUGGGAAGACUGAGUUCGACACAGCUGAGGGUGACACGGCUGAGGGCUUGGAUAAGCGAAUCAAGGAGCAAGCGAAGCAUAUUAAAGAGAUGAAGUCUUUGGCCAAGACAAGAGAACUUGUCAUCAAACUAGAAGAAGGAUUAGUGUCAGCCAAGGCUUACCUAGGAUUGCUCAAUCAAGAAAAAGAACAUCUGGAUUCCAACGGUAUGACUGAGCUCCGCUAAGCCUGUAUGGAGGCUGCCAAAGCCUUUGGAGGCAAGCCAGGCCCCUUCCUACCAUGAAUCAAUCUCGUGUCCCAACUUUCUCUUCAUUUUGAUUCCUUUUCUUUUAUAGUAUGCUGACUGUUGGUGAUGUUGCCAUGAUGUAACUCUUUAACCAUGUUUGUUCUGGGUUGAACAUCUUUGCUUCCAACGAAGUCUGGACCUUGUUGCUUGUUUGUUUUCUUGUUCGUUUCUCUCUGCUGCUCUAAUUAUAUCAACUGGACAGACAAAUUUGUUUUGAAGAAAUGGAUCAGGGCGAU